CCUUCAGAGCCGUCGGGGGGCGAGUUGUGGCGGAAACUUUGGGGUGGUGGUGGUGCAGCAGUUCUGGCAGCGCUGGAAUGGUAGUUUUUGCUAAUCAAAAGUAACUCGUGCCUGGUGAAUUUGAAGUAGCAGAAUAAGUUUUUAUUACCCUGAGUGAAUUUGCUGGGUUUAGUGUGUGUAUGAAGAAUCAUGAAAAUGCCGAAGUGCUCACGCUCUUUGAGUGUGGAAGCUUUUUUUCCGAGAUGAGAAUCAAUGACAAUUUCAGUGGAAUUAUUCUGGGCUCUCUAAACACAGCAGUGAGAGCUUGUUUAACGGUGAGGGUGCUGAGGCUCGGAGGGCAGCAGAUCUGGCUCUCCCAUUACACAGGUGAGGAAUACUUUGCAAAGACUCCUUGAUUCAUAUCAUGCAUUCGUGACACUGUUGCCUGUGUUUAUUUGUUAUAACGUCGAUGGGCUCUUUCCCCCUCAGUGCUGUGAUUAGUCUAUUACAUGCAGAACCAGGUUUUCAUACUAUGAGGUGCCUGGUGCUAUUUUGUCUCAGAGUACUUUCCAGGACAAUAUUGCUGUUGGAAAACAAAGCUAAGCACUUUCUAAACAGCACAGUGCAGGAAUAUUAUUUGCACAAGAAUAAGAGGGAUUUGUGGGUGAUUUGACAGAGCAGCCUAUGAUUCAGUGUCACACACUGAGGUCUCAUUCCUCAGACAGCUUUAAAGCUUGAAGCUGCUUUCAAAGUUUACCUUCACAGGUGAGAGACACCUGUGUCAGUCCCAAUAGCUCAGGAACUCUUGGAGUGCCUCUGACAUGGCAGUUAAUUCCAUUUAGGAGUGCUGUAUAGUCCCAGUCUGUCCAGCACUGUUCUGUGAUGAAUUAUCCAAUAAAUUGCUAUUUUAGGGGACCUGCUUGGCCGGGGGUCUUUGCCUUCAGGACACGCGGCUGUGGGGCUUUAGGAGCAGGCUGUAGCCAGUCCGGGUGUGAGAUGAUGAGCAGAUGAAGCUGUGGCUGUCACCCAGCACUCGGGAGUGUGCUCUGCAUGGUGUUGUUCCAGCUGGGAACCCCUAGCACUUUCUUGUGGUGGUACAGCAUCUGAAUCGGAGUAUUUCUGCGUUUCUCUUCCCCAUCUCAUGAAUCUUCUCCUCACUUUUCUCUGCACAGGGACAUCUCAGGCUUUCUCCAGGCAAGGUCAUACCUGCCAGCCCCACUGGCUCCUAACUUUCCAACUUCAGCUCCUGUCUUAGGUCAGCUUCCCCCCCCCAGACCAGCAAGUCCUGCUGAAGUCGGCGGAAGCGGCGAAUUUCAGCCACAGGAGGGGCUGGAGGAGAUGUCACAGAGGCAGCUUCACCCUCAGCCCUGACCUGCUCACCGCUUCAGGUUUUCCCUGCACACAGAGCUGAUACUGUCUGCUCAGGCAGAGGACUGUGUACAGGACAGUCGAAAAGUAAGAAGGGUGGGGAAACCUUUCCUCCUCUCCCCCUUCACAUUUCUUUCACAGCGCAGGAGGGCGUGUGCAGGAUCAGUUAGCGCGGUCCAGCCCCGUGCUGUUCCCCGCGUCCCCUCGCUGCGCGGGCAGGGCCAUGGAGGCGGCGGACGUGCCGCCCGAGGGCUACUCGCUGAUCAAGGCCGUGUACCAGCGGCGGCUGCGGCUGACGCGGCUCCUCAUCGACGGCGGGGCCUACGUCAACGAGAGCAACAGCCGCGGCGAGACGCCGCUCAUGGUGGCCUGCAUGACGCCCCACGCCGACCUGCAGAGCGCCAGCAAGGCCAGGAUGGUCAAGUACCUGCUGGACAACAAGGCCGACCCCAACAUCCAGGACAAGUCGGGCAAGACGGCGCUGAUGCACGCCUGCCUGGAGAAGGCGGGCCCCGAGGUGGUGUCGCUGCUGCUGAUGAGCGGCGCCGACCCCAGCCUGCCCGACCACUCCAACUGCUCUGCGCUGGUCUACGCCAUCAACGCGGCCGACAGAGACACCCUGGAGCUGCUGCUGAAGGCCUGCAAGGCGCGAGGGAAGGAGGUGAUCAUCAUCACCACCGACAAGUCCGCCUCAGGGAGGCAGAGAACGAAGCAGUACCUGAACGUGCCUCCUCCAGACCUGAAGGAGUGCACCUCCCCAGCUGACUGCGCCUCCCCGUCAGAGAUAGAGCCCAGCGAGGGUCCAGAGGACCCGUUCAGCUUCAAAGAGCUCUACGGUGGGCAGCCGGGGGACAGCUCCUCUGAAAGGGUGCCGCUAAUGACCAAAUCCAGCUCCACACCAGCUCGGUUCAAGCUGACGCAGGUGCUGCAGUGUGACCCGUGGCUCAAGUGCUGCCCAGCAGUGUUUCAGCAGAGGAAGCUUGCUUCUCCUCAAGACCUUCAGAGCAUCAGUCCCAUGGAGGAGCUCCCCUGUAAAGCUGGCGGCCUUGACUUGUGCAAGAGUGUCACGGCCAGCCACGAGAGCAGGGACAGGAAGGGCACUGCUCAGGUACUGAGACCCUCUGACCAAACCAUGUCUAGGAAAGCACAGCGCGAUGCAAUAAACUAUCAGACUCCUUUUGUGGAGGAGAAACAUAACCCCAGUGAGAUUCCCAUGGGCAUGGAUGCCAGUCUGGGACAAAUCAGCUUGCUUUCAAACAUUGGCAGUAUUAUCAAGAAAGGAAGUGGGGAGCCAAAUUACAACAUCUCCAGUUCUCAGUUAGCUAACAGUCUAAUUCCUGCUGCUGAUACCAAAGGUAGUAAGUCACCAAAAGGAAAUAAAGAGAUUCUUCCUACAUACCAGACUUUGUUACCAAGUCCGAGAAGAGUUCUGGAGAUGUCUCCUGUGUCUCCAAGAGGCAGAAAUCAGGCUCCUCUAGACGCAGAGGGCUCAGGAGCCCUGGUGUUGGAUCAGACGAGGCCAGGUUUCCUGCCCCCACUGAAUGUGAGCCCCCGCCCCCCCGUUCCAGAGCUCACUGUCAUAAACACAGUUUCUGGAAUGAUUUCUUAUGGACAAACUCACUUAGUGCCCCCAGGAUCUGCUUUCCCUAAGGGGACCAAAGAGACGAAUCUGCUGCGGCGGAGGCCGUACGAGCAGAUCACAGUCUGAGCAGGUUCAGCAGUCACUGCAUCUUUACAGGAGAGCAAAGGGGAUCUUCAUGAUAUGUAAAUAUUGACUGCAGUCCUUGACUGUAAUGGUAUGUACCACAAAAUAGAGCAGGUCUGUGAUGUAAAGUAAUGUCUGCCUCAGGAUGAGUGCUACAGCACAGAAACUAAAUCAAAAGACAUCUACUGAGGCUGUCUUCUGCAAACUAAGGAGUGUUUAUUUUGCUGGUUUCGCAAAGUUUUCACCUUGCCUCUGACAGACAGCCCACAACAGUCCUUAGGCAUUGCAGUUCUCAUUGUAGGUUGUAAAUACUACCCCUCCAAGCCUUCCCCAAGCACCCGCCCUUGCCGCGCCCAGAGAGGUGGUGCACAUGGAAUUUGGGACCCCGAAGCGUGUGAUGCGAUGCUGGACGCCGGAGUGCCUGUGUCCAGGUUGUACAUAGAAACCCCCGAGACCCCGGCGUGCGGCGGGGUGCGAGGCAGCAGUCGCACAGCGGCAGUGACUGCUGGCCUCAGCCGCCUCGCAGGCGCGUCAGAGCCGGUGACACCGGUGUCGCCGGGCCGUGCUGCCCGCGGAGCCCCGGCUGCGGGCUGGCAGCGUGCCCCGGGAGCCGGCGGGGCAGCCCCGGCGCGGUGCCGCGCUGCCGGGAGCCAGCAGGGCGAGUGACCAGCCCGGGGUGUGCCACAAGCCAGCCCCGCUCGGGCUGCCCCGGGCACCGCGGGCUGCGCCAGCGGCAGCCUCCGCAAUCCGCUCCCUUGGGAAGAGCGGGGCUGCGGGGGCACAGCCUCGCCUGGAGCGGGCUCUGCAGCCUCCUGCAGCUCUGGAGCCCCCGGAAAGAGACCUGCCCGGCAGGCUGAGAAAUCUGCCCCAGCGACAGCCCUGCUCGCCGGGCUGCGGACACCGGGACACACCCGGGGUGUCUGCACGAGCAGGGGCGCUGCACACACACACACAUUUGGGAGCAGGGAAGAGCUCUGUCCUCCCGCUCACACAGACCCCAAAGGGAGAACCCCACAGCUCCAGGGAAGGCGAGGCCCUGGCAGUUUCCCCAGGGAAGCUGUGGCUGCCCCAUCCCUGGGAGUGUUCCAGGGGCUUGGAGCCACCUGGUCUGGUGGAAGGCGUUCCUGCUAUGGCAGGAACCUUGGAAUGAGAUGGCCUUUUAUUUCAGAGGGUUUCCAACCAAACCACUCUGUGAUCCUGUGAGUCUGAUUAUGAAACUCACCUGGGAGAUGGAAACCCACAUUUUGCCUAACUGGAAACAGAGGGCAGAAUUUCCCACAGGUGGAAAGAAGUCCUCUGCAGCCUCCGAGCUACUGUGUAUUUUUCAGUAUCUCUGUCUAAAAAUCUUUCUUUCCUUUAGUGUCUUGUGGUUCCAAGUAUCUCCCUUGUCUUUGUGUGCAUCCCAUAGAUGCUGGAUUUCUGAUAUUGCAUUUAGCAUUUAGAUCUCAUCUUGUAAAUUUUGAGAAAAAGUGAAUGUGUUCUGUUUUGUUGUAUUUUACAGAAAUUAGUUGUAUUGAAAUUGUGUCUGUGUAACGUGAAUUUCAGUGUACUGAAAGUAGGUAUUUAUUUCCUGAAAAUACUCAGUGGGUAUGUGGCAGCUUCAGUCAAAGUUCACCAUAUCUGACAUUGCCUAAAAAAAGCCUGUAAUGUUAUUUAGCUUUGCACUUAGUAGGAGACAAUUUAACGGGGAUCUUAAGUAUAAAACAGUGCUAAGGGGAUCUUAAGCAUAAACCAAUUUAAAGAGGAUCGGAGACAUCAAACAAUUUGAAGGGGAUCACAAACAUACAAAUAUUUAAUGGGGAUCAUCACCAUAAAACAAUUUAAUGGGGAUUCUAAACAUUAAACCAUUGAAAGGGGAUUAUAAACAUAUGCUCUCUGUAAAUAACUUUUUGAGAGUAUUUGUUUCCAUUCAGGUUCUGCCUUUUCCUUCAGGAGAUUUUCCUGGAUCAGGCCCCGUGCACACCAGGUACAAAAAAGUAUUAUGUGGACAUAUUUUUAUGAUACAGAAAUUAUGUGGAACAACAUCUGCCAGUAUUAACUGAGUACAAAUUAGUCCCCUACACAGGAUACACUUUCCAAAUGUUUCUAUGAUAAUACAAAAGGAAAGGGCAAGUUCUCAUCUGUUAAUCUCAUAGUGAAGUUAAAUAUUUGAAGGGGAAAAUAGAUCUUUUAAAAAUAAAAAUUCUUUCUUAGUAGAAAUUGACUAUCACCAGGUGUUCCAACUGGUAUCUUUGCUGAGGGUAUGAAGCCCAAUUUAUACUGUUUUGAUCUUAAAAUUAGUUAUCUAUAUGGGACUAUGGCUCCCUUAAAUGAGACCAUAAUUUUUCUAUGAAGUGCUCAGACAAUGGAGGGAAGUGGCAAGUGUCUUGAAAAGGGAAGUUUUUUGGUAGUGUUACCAGUAUUUUGUGAUUAAUUGUGAUGCAAAGUAGCGUGAAGUGUUCAUAUAAUUGUUUGUGUUACUGUUACGAGUGACCUUCAAAGGAAGAAGCGUUGUUCUCUUGCUGUUGUUAUGCUGAAUAAAUAAAAGUUAUUUUUCCCCCUCGGAGGGAACAUGGAAAUAA